AUGUAUUUGUUUAGAGAAAAAUUUAAGGUGGAACUAAGUGAGAGUCAAAUAAAGGUAUUAUUAAAUGCCGCUUCUCGACAUAAUCAUAAUGAUUUUCUUGAUCUCGCUGAUUUUUCUCUUUUGGUAACAUCGGCAAAAGCACAAAAAGGUAAGGCUAAACGUUUUUUAUAUACGAUAGCGGAUUCGAUAAUUUCGAAGACAGAACGUCCAUUAGUUCAUACCUAUAUUGAUGAAUAUAAUUGUUUGCCUCCACCAAUAUUUAUUUUACUGAUAUCAUUGACUCAGGUGCUUGUUUUUUUAUGGUACAUUAGUGGUAAGCAUGAUGAUCCAAUGAAUUAUUGUGCUGGUUGUUGGAUCAGUGGUAAUGUUGGGCCAUUCUUGUUUGCACCUCCGCUACGGCAUCAAGUUUGGAGAUUUUUCACUUAUCAGUUUCUUCAUCAAGGGUUACUUCAUUUAUUACCGAAUCUCGUUUUCCAGCUUUUAAUCGGCAUUCCACUUGAACUUGUUCAUAAGAGUUGGCGCAUCGCUCCGAUUUAUCUUUUAGCUGUUCUUCUUGGGUCACUGCUUCAAUAUACGUUGGACCCAUCGGUUUAUCUAAUUGGUUGCUCUGCUGGAGUUUAUGCAUUAAUUGCCGCUCAUCUUUCAAAUGUCAUUAUUAAUUGGGCGGAAAUGCCCUAUCGUCAUAUGCGGCUAGCUGUUAUAACAGUGUUCAUCGCUUUUGAUUUGGGUACAACAGUUUAUAGGCGAUUUCAGGAGGAUAAAUGUGAUCGUAUUUCAUAUACAGCUCAUAUUGCCGGAAUAGUAACUGGAUUACUGAUGGGUAUUGUCAUAUUGCAUAAUCUUGAGAUAUUGAAUUGGGAAAGAUUUUUAAUGCUAGCAAGUCUUGUUACAUAUCUUGCUAUAUUUAUAUUUGUUAUAACUAUGGUUGUGUUCGUUGAGCCCUUUUCAAAACCAAUUUGGGAUUCAUCAAAAUGUUUCCUUCAUUCUUAUGAUUAA